GACAGGGGCUGUGCCUCAGUAUCAGGACCCCCUUCCUCUCCCCCGGGAUUGCAGAGGAUUCCCUUUCGGAAGAUGAAGUGAGAGGUUCACUGUGAGGAGGAAUGGCACGGCGACUGUCACUAAAGGUACUCUUCAGGAAGAGACCUGUGACUCUCUGCUGCUUUUUCAGUGCCCUUUCCAUGGUGAUGAUUAAUACUCUUCCGCCUCUACCGACUGCUGACAACAGCAUAUUUGGCUUUGACUAUCGAGCUCCCGGCCGGCCACAUGGCAGAUACACUCAACAUCGUCUGUGGAGAAACAGCACUGGUGCCUUUGUCAAAAAGACAACCGCCUCCCAGACAAAUGGCAAACUCCCGCCCAUGGGGAGGAAAAAGCUGAAACGAUGGCCUGUGGGUGACGCACAGUAUAACUACAUGCAGUCCAAUUAUGGAGAAAGGCACAAAUAUCCCAGCAACUCAGAUAAAGCAGAUAAACCAAAGGGGAAAGGACGGCAGCUGAAAGGAAUCCACAGGAAAACAAAUGAUAACCAGGCUGAGGCUUUUGAACCUCAAGCACAAGAGAUGUCUCCCCAGAGACGGGGGAUGUCUCCCCAGAUACAAGCUGGUAAGAACACUGAUCCUCAUGGGAUGACACAGGAUAACAGACCACCACCCACACACUCUCCAUCUUCAGUGGAGAAGCCUAUUUUACAAGCUAACAAUGUGAAUCGAAUUGUAACAAUCAAACGCAGUUCUGUUCAACUAUCUCAAAAGUCUGUCACUUUGAAGAUUUCUACAUCCGGUGUGAAGGAUGGGAUGUCUCAUGAUAAACCAGUCCUUCAGGGCACCUCAGAUAAAAAGCAAAAUGCCCCUCAAUUUAAAACCUCUUCAAACCGUACAGAAAGUGUACCUGUCCAAAAGGUUAAGAACAAGGCAUACCACCAAACUACCAGAACCUCAUCCACCAACAGUGCAAGUGACAUGUUCUUGGCAAAUAAUGGGAAAAGUGAGGACAGACGAGGAGGUGAACCUAAGCUGUGUAACAAUUUUGAAGCAAACCUGCUACUUUCAGACUCGGGAGAUAAGGCUAGUCUCCUUGGGCAUCCACCACCUUGGUUCAAUUCAAAUGACAUUGAAAAGAUGAAGUUGCUGAGUAAGGGUUCAGUAACGGCGAAGGAACGGAUACCUGGUCAUGGGCAAGUAAUGCAAGUCGGUCUGAGCUCUCACCCUGACACUGUAAUCCCCGACCUCCUGGCACACUGUCAGGAUGGGUUUUGUGGUUUGAUAAAGAGACCCAGUGAUCUUUAUGAAGUAUUAGCGUUCCAUUUGGACAGGGUUCUGGGUCUCAACCGGAGCCUUCCUGUCGUGGCCCGAAGAUUCAGCGAUGGAUUGCUGCCAUACAGGUACACAGAUGGAGUGCCCAGGCCAAUUGUUUGGUGGGAUUCUGAUAUUCAGCAUCUGGAUAAUCCCAACAAGGACCAAAAUUCAUUUGAGUUGAGUUGGCUACAAUACCAGGCUCAGCUGCAAAGGCACUGUGGCACUGCAGACUCUCAGAAGAAUCCCACAGAGGACUGUCUCAGUGUGAAACAUUCUGAGUGGGGCAGAUUGGCUCUCUUUGACUUCCUCUUACAGGUCCAUGAUCGGCUGGAUCGACACUGCUGUGGUUUUUCCCCUGAACCCUCAGAGCCCUGUGUGCAAGAACUGCUGCGUGAAAACUGUCGGAGUCUCAAGGAACAAGCUCUGGUCCACAUCCUGGUUCGAAAAGGAGAUCCAUCUCGGCUUGUGUACAUAGACAAUGCAGCGAGACUUCUGCAGCCUGAGGACAACCUGAAUUUCAGACUGUUGGAGGGCAUUGACGAGUUACCUUUGCACGCUGUCUCGGUCUUAAAAUCUGGCUGUUUUCGGGACAUGCUGCUCAGGUCACUGUAUGCUGACAGGGAGUUCUGGGAGAGUCACAAGGGGAUCAAAGAGGUACAGAAGCUAGUUCACACAGUGGAGAGAAGGUCUCAAUUGCUGCUCAACUACAUCCAAGAGAAGAAUAUCCAAGUUGUUACCGAAUAACAGCAAUGUAACAUUCCCCAUAUCUUAAAGUAAAACCCAAGUUAUUUUACAGACAUGAGGCCUAAAAUUCCAUCAAAUCUUAGCCUUGUAACUUUCAUUUUGUCUUAAAAUUUGAGAUCAUGCGGAAUUACGGAGGAUUUUUAAAUCUCAAUUUGAAAGCUGCUUUUCCCCAGCUCAUAUAACAGAAACAGCUUCUAAUUAUAGACUGUAUUUAAGACUUUCCAUCAUUUUGUAAAAUCAUAUAUUUUAAGACAAAAUGUUCUUACAGGGUAACACUGUCAAGAAUUUCCCACCUCAGUUCUGGAAAAACUCAGUUAAAAUUGUAAGAAGAAAACAACACACAAAUUGGUUGAUAUUCCUCACAAAAGAAAUCCGAGAUGAAGGAACUCAUUUGAUUUCAUCCUUUCCAAAAUAACCAUCCUACCUUCUUUCCAUCAUAGCAUUAAGCCAUUUUUUCACUGAGUCCAGUACAACAAUAAUAACAACUUGCAUUUAUAUA